AUGGACGAUUCCGAGCUUGAACAGAUCCGACAGGCUCGUCUCCAGCAGCUCAAGGCGCAGGGUGGCGGUAGUGGUGGUGGUGGCCAGCGCGGUGGCGGCUCACAAGACCAGGAGCAACAGCAGCAAUCUGACAGUGACACGCCCAGGCAGCAAGAAGACGCCCGAAAGAGCAUACUCAACCAGAUCCUACAGCCCGAGGCCGCCGACCGCCUGGGCCGCAUCCGCCUCGUCAAGGAGGAGCGCGCGACCGAGAUCGAGAACCGGCUGAUUGCGCUGGCGCAGUCGGGCCAGCUGCGACAAAAGGUCACAGAAGAGCAGCUCAAGGAGCUCUUGAGCGCGGUGGCGGAGAAGAAGGAGGAGGAGAAGAUUGUGGUGAGCCGGCGCAAGGCGUGGGACGACGAUGACGAUUUCCUCGACUUGUAA